AUGGCGUCGAGCGACUCGAACAACGAUGGCGCGGCACCGGGCGGCGUCUGGCCUUCGCGCCUGACACUAGGGCAGACGGAGGAUCUCUUCUGGUUCGGCCUGCUCAUGCCGCCGCCGGCGAAGGUGCCGCGGCCGUGGAGGAUCUCCACCGACGGCUACCCCAUGCAGGGCCCGCCGGCGACGAACGCCGAGCUGAGCGCGCACCCCGCGCGCCCCCCCCGUGGGCUCCCCGUCGGCGACAUCACCGGCGAAGCCGGGCCCUCCCGCCCGCGCAGGCGCGCCCCGCCUCCUACCCCUGCCCCACCGGCCCCGGCCGAGGCCGUGACCCCGCCGGAGCAGGCGAUGCUCCAACAGGAUGGCGACCCGGAGGACACGCCCGGGCUGCUCGUGGCCCUGGCGCGGUUAGCGAAAGAAGCCGCCGCGGCGGCGGCGCGGGAGGCCAAGGAGCAGGCGGCGGCCUUGGCGGCUGUUGAGGCGGCGGUCGCGGCGGAGCAGAGCGACGACGAUGACGACGGUAGCGACGAUGAUGACGGAGGCGACGGCGGCAUGGUGGAGGUCAUCGACCUUUCCAUGGAGGAGUAG